AUGGACGAUGACUUCGUACUCACCAUCUCCGACGACGAAGCUGGUGUCCCAGAUUUAGACCAGGACGGCCCCGAAUCACCGCCACAUAGGGCAGGGAAGGACGUUAAUUCAAAAAAACGCAAACGGGACGGGGCUACUGAUGAAGCUGUAAACGGGGUAAACAAAAAGGGGAAGAGCAAGAAGCAGAAGAAGUCAGGGAAGGGCGACAGAGAUGCGCCGGUUGAAGACAGCGCAUCUGUGGAAGAUGAAGACCGCACCUGGGCUGCCGGGGGGGAGGAUGAUGGCGCAAUCGCCUCGGAUUUCGAGUUCCAGGUUGGAGAGGAUACUGGCGUGCUAGAGGACUUCGAUGGCUGGGGUUUGGGCAAAGCGAAGCAAGAUGAAGCGAGGAACGGGGACAAGAAGGGGGUGGAUAUCGACGAGAUCAUCGCAAGGCGGCGGAGAAAAGAAAACGGGGGUGGGCAAGACGACGGCGAUGCUGAUGGUCGGAAUGAAGACGCGGCAGACGUGGAGGAAGACGACGAGGGGGAGUUCGCAGGGUUCGAUGAUGACGAGCUGCUAGCUGAUGAUGCGUUCGGCAUGGGUGCAGUGGACGAGGCCGAAGACGAGGAAGAGUCAGUAGAGGCCGGUUCCGAGGCAGGAUCGGCAGAAGAAGAUCAAGAAGAUAGUGAGUCGGACGACGAGUCGGUAGCUGCGCCAGUGCCGCACCCAGACGAUCUGGCAUCAGAGACUUCAUCGGACGACGACAGGGAAGACCCAGCGGAAGUCGAGCGGCGCGCCGCAUUCUUCGCGCCAGAAGAGAAUCUCGAUGGCGAAAAGCCGCCCUCGGCCAAGACAUCGGGAUCAUUUCUCAACAUGUCACUGUCUAAGCCAAUCCUACGAGGCCUUACAGCUGUCGGAUUCAACGAGCCUACACCUAUCCAGGUCAAGACUAUACCCAUCGCACAAGCAGGCAAAGACGUAGUCGGCGGUGCUGUGACCGGCUCAGGCAAGACGGCAGCCUUCCUCAUCCCAAUCCUAGAGCGUCUUCUCCACUUCCCCCGUAAAAUACCUACAACCCGCGUCGCGAUCCUCAUGCCCACGCGUGAACUAGCAGUCCAAUGCUUCAACGUCGCCAAGAAGCUCGCCAGCUUCACCGACAUCACCUUCGCGCAGAUCGUCGGCGGAUUCAGUCUGCGAGAACAAGAGCAAGUCCUCAAGAAGCGGCCUGACGUUGUGAUCGCGACCCCUGGCCGCUUCAUCGACCACAUGCGCAACUCUCCCAGCUUCACUAUCGACACGAUUGAGAUCCUCGUCCUCGACGAAGCCGACCGCAUGCUCGAAGACGGCUUCGCAGACGAACUAAACGAAAUUCUUUCCACCAUCCCCAAGUCCCGCCAAACAAUGCUCUUCUCCGCCACCAUGACCUCCUCCGUCGACAAGCUCAUCCGUGUCGGCCUCAACAGGCCUGUUCGCCUCCUCGUCGACGCAAAACGCCAAACCGUCUCCGGCCUCGUGCAGGAGUUCGUCCGCCUCCGCCCCGGCAAGGAAGACAAGCGCCUCGCCUACCUCCUGCACCUCUGCACGUCUAUCUACACCUCCCGCGUCAUCAUCUUCUUCCGCCAGAAGCGCGAGGCCCACCGCGUGCGCGUCAUCUUCGGGCUGUGCGGCCUCAAAGCCGCGGAGCUGCACGGCAGCAUGACGCAGGAGCAGCGUAUCGCGAGCGUCGAGGCGUUCCGCAGUGGCAGUGUGGCCUACCUGCUGGCUACGGAUUUGGCGUCACGUGGCCUUGAUAUCAAGGGCGUCGAGACUGUGCUGAACUAUGAGGCGCCGCAGAGCCAUGAGAUCUACCUGCAUCGUGUGGGCCGUACGGCGCGUGCGGGCCGCGAGGGCCGCGCUUGCACCAUUGCUGCGGAGCCGGAUAGGAAGGUCGUCAAGGCGGCGGUGAGGGCUGCGAGGUCGCAGGGCGCGAAGAUCGUGAGUCGGAGUGUGGCGCCUGAGGAUGCGGAUGCGUGGGCGGAGAAGUUGAAGGGGCUUGAGAAUGAGGUGGAGGAGGUGCUCAAAGAGGAGAAGGAGGAGAGAGUGCUGAAUCAGGUUGAGCGAGAAGUUAAGAGGGGGGAGAAUCUGGUGAUGCAUGAGAGUGAGAUUAUGAGCAGGCCGAAGCGCACGUGGUUUGAGAGUGAGAAGGAGAAGAAAAGGGCGAAGGAUGCGGGGAAGAGGGAAUUGAAUGGGCCGGAUGGGGUGCCGGGCUUGAAGAAGGAGAAAAAGAAGCUUAGUAACAAGGAGAAAAAGAAGAUGGAUGUGAGGGAUGAGAGGGGCGAAGGAAAGGUGUGGAAGAAGGGAGCAGCGGACAGGGGAAAGGGCAAGGUUAAGGAGAAAGCCAAGGGGAAAGCGGCUGCGAAGGGCAAGCCUGGGGCCGGCAAGAAGUCUAGCGGGAGGAGAUAG